UCAGCAGCAGGUAGGAGCGCACCGCAGCUUCCGGCCACAGACUGACAGAGAAACGGCAAGACAAAGUUUUCGGAUCGGCUCAGAGAGGACUCAGCGAAAGUUCUUCGAAGUGAAAUCAAUGUGUUUUCGGAUAUGACUCAUAUUAAAUGCAGAGCGUCGAUCCGUGUCUGGGCCACAACCCCGGGCUGCCUCCACUUCCUGGUUCAGCCUCAGCAGAUAUCGUCCCACAGACAAUAACAGCCAAUGUGACUGAAACCGUCGUCCUGCCCUGUCACAUCACUGUCGACGGUGAACUCCCCACGCUGGAGUGGUCCAAGGAGGGCUUAGAGAUAAACAACAUCACCUUACUCUACCGGGACGGAUGCGAGACGUUUGGGAUGAAGAAUCCGGCCUUCCACUACCGGACUAACCUUCUUUUGAACAAACUGAAGGACGGCAACAUCUCUCAGAUCAUUUACAACCUGAGGGUGUCUGAUGGAGGCAGGUACCACUGCAGGACCCGCAGGGGGAAGCAGUGGCAGGUUCACGCGAUUAUCGUCCUGAACGUGGGUGCCACGUCAAAGCCAGAGCUCACAGUCGUUCCCUCCACUGGUAGUGAAGGAGUGACCCUGCAGUGUAAGGCGGAGUGCUGGUUCCCAGAACCUGACAUAAUGUUUCUCGAUGACGAAGAGAAAGAGAUUCCAGCAGAAAAACCCACAAGAGGUCCAAACUCUACAUAAUGUUUUACAGUCACCAGGAGAGCAGUUGUGAAGACUAAAAUCAACAGAGUGACUUGCAAAGUCCACGAGAGAAAGCUCAAUCAGACCAAGAACACAGAGAUUUACAUCCCAGAUGACUGGAUGAGGUCUUUCUCAAACACGGCAAUCAUCACAGGUUUCUUGACAGGGUUAAUAAUAUGUGGAAUUGUUUUCCUGGUACACAAGAUUUUCUACAGUGAGUACGUUCACUCAAGCCAAAUUAAGGAUUAAACUACUUUUUAAAGAUUACUUUAGUCAUAUUUCACUUUCUUUUGG